AUGAGCUCUCCAGUUGAAAUGCUCAAGAGCGUGCUGGUUCUCCAGCUCGAGGCCAUUAAAGCGCUUGUGAUUGAAUAUCAUCAACAAACAGAAGCUUAUGUGCAGCAGUUUGGGCACCAUCCACUAUCGCAAGAUCCAAUGGAUGCUGCCCAUGAUGCACGUAUUGUAUUGCGUCCAUUACCAUCCCUGGCCGAAAAUUGUAUUGUCUCGGAAGUCAUUGUGGAGGCUAUUAAGAAACAUUGUGGGGGUGAAAUGUGUGCAACAUCAGUCGAACAUUUGGAAAGUAUCUUGUCUAUAGCUAAAAAUGACGUAAGGACUGUGGACGACCGAGUUCACGCACUUUUCGUGUUGGACGCAAGUCUGACCCACAAACAGCUUCAGAAGGAAAUGCAGUCUCGAUUUGAAGCAAAACAGGGCUAUGAUUUAUUGGUGGAGUGGCUUGCAGUGAGUUGUAGCUACAAGGAUGAGAUUUCUAAAGCGUUUACGGAAUUAUUAUUGCUGGUGCUUCAGAAGAAUGUUCCAGUCAUGGCAUUCACAAUUAAGACAAUGAUCAAGAAUUUGACUCAAUACAAAAAAGUCAUGAAGGGAAAGAAGAACAAGACACUUUUGCAGGCUGUUGUAGAUCAAUACCACAAGAAAAUUAGUCCGUAG